UCGAUCACUUUAUCUUUCUUGCAGCACUUGAAAUAUUUUUAUUUCUCUACCUCUUAUACACACACACAUCUAUAUCUAUUCCUCUGUAUAUCUCGUGUGGAUUCGUAUUGCACAAGCUGCUAUACAGAACGCAGAUCGAUUUAGCGCUUCAAUGUUGGUUGUAUCAGCAUCUCAAAUGAGGCUUUGAAAUACAGAUUUUGAGUUAUAGGGCUGGACUGCUGGAGUACUACUUGUAUUGAAGUCUCUUCUCUCAACAGGAUUUGGAAUAGUUUCAGCUGCUCAGUUCAGUAAUCAUAUUCUUAAUGCCUGGCAAUGAAGUUGGAGACAGGGUUCAUAAUUUUUUUGAACAAGAGCAUGUGUCUCAGGGACAGUAUCACCCACAGAUCGCAGAUGGAAACUGGGCGGCUGCUAAUAACAAUUUCCGGGUUGGUAACCAGAGGCAGUUUGAUGCAUUGAGUUCCAAGACAAUAGACUACAGUCUACAGCAAUCUGAUCUUGAGAGGGCCCGCAACAACCAAUUUCAACAGGUCCGCCAUAAUUACAACCCACCAUCUUCAUCAAGGGCUGAUUCGGUUAACAACCAAUCUCAUAACCUACACCAAGAUUUUAAUGGCUAUAUGUAUGGGCAUCAAGCUUCCCAGAUAAGGCCGGAAGAUGCAAAUUAUGUGGGAAUGGGUAUAGAAUCUAAUCUGAACAAUUCAGGAAGAGGUGUCCCAUUAAAUAGACAAUUGCAAGGGAGUAGUACCGAGCAUCCUGCAAUAAUGAGGAUGGAUUCUUUUGAAUCUCCUGUUAGUUAUGAUUUUUUUGGUGGCCAGCCAAAAGUGAGUGAACAUCCAAGUAUGCGUCAAUCCUUACCAGAGCAACAAUCUGAAUCAAGUGACAUGCAACAACUGCAGCAACAACUGAUGUUUAGAAAGAUUAAAGAACUCCAAAGGCAGAAGGAUUUUCAACAACUACAUGCAAGGCAACAACACUCGGUAAAACAGGUUUCCUCUUUUACUGGACAGGGGUCUGGCAACCGUUCUUAUGACUUCAUUAAUGGCACACCCGUUUCUGAUGCAUCUCCCUGGGCAAAGCUGCCAACAGGAAAUACAAAUUGGCUUCACAAUGCCUCUUCUGCUAUGCAAGGAUCACCUGGUGGACUUGUGUUUACUCCAGGGCAAGGUCAGGCAUCACAAUCAGGAAAUUUGAUUCGUCAGCAGGUUGAUCAAUCUCUACCAGGAGUUCCUAUUUCUAGAUUGAGGGACAGCUCAGACCAGUAUCAAUAUGCAAAUAACAAGUCUCUGCAGCAACAAGCAACUUAUAAUAAUUCUUACCAAGGUAAUAAUUAUGCUGCAUUCCCUGAACAGGUUAACAUGCAGGAUGAGCAUAUUAAUAAUAGCCUGGGUUUCCAAGGUCAUAAAUUGUUCGGACAAACUUCUCAUCAAGGUCCAAGUGGUAGAAUGAAUAUGGAAAACCCUGACGAAGUGAAUUCCCUGGAAAAAAAUGUUGCCAUGCAGGAUUUCCAGAGGAAGCAGAUGGUUGGUCCGUCAGGAACGUCACAUGAUACGGUUGGGGAAGCACGCUCUUCACAGAAUUCAGUUGGCCUAGAUCCUGCUGAAGAGAAAAUUCUAUUUGGUUCUGAUGAUAUUAGUAUCUGGGAUGCAUUUGGUGAGAAGACCGUCAUGAAUGGAGAAGCGUCAAAUUGUUUAGACAGUUCAGAAAUAAAUGGAUUGCCUUCUAUUCAAAGCGGCAGUUGGAGUGCUCUGAUGCAGUCUGCUGUUGCAGAGAUCUCUAGUAGUGACGUAGGGAUUCAGGAAAACUGGACUAAUUUGAGCAUCCAGCAUCCUAAUCCUCCUACUCGUAGUCACCAGUCUUCGACUUAUGACACAGGUAAGCACCAUACUUCAAUGGUUGCUAACAGUGUGCAAGUCUCGGCAGCUGCUUUUGAACCAGUUCCUCUUUCUGAAGAUACUAAUCUGAAGAAUAACUAUCAUAAUAGUUCCCAAGUAUUCCAGCAACCUGGACAGAAAACGUCACGAGAACAAAUUGAGGGCCAGGGACCCAAUCAACAGUCCUCGGCAGGAGAAAGUAAUUGGCUCAAUAGUGGGAAUCAGAAUUAUGGAAGUGCUAGUCAUUCUGUCAAUGCAGAUAGUGAUGGAAGAAGAUAUUCAAAUCAUUGGGCUGCUCUGCAGAAUGGACCUAGCCAACUUUCUAAACCAAAUAGCUGGACUUUUACCAAUGAUGUGACACACAGUGGGGAUAUGCCUUCUGAUGUCCAUGGAAAGGGAAAUCAUGUGCAAAACUCUCAGAAUGGUCAGAAACAACUUAUGCACGAGUCAUUGAAUUUGAAAGGUGGCAUAUGGAAAGUCAAUCCUAUGAGCAAUUCAUCUGCUGAAAUGGAGCGGCUAAGGUCUACUACUGGAAGUUUUCAAGAGGGAUCUAGCUUGAAUACUGCUGCGGUACUAAAUUCUACCAAAUCAAGGGCAGGUGAUGAAACUAAUUUCCUUGGUAGGUGGAAACCAAUGGAAGCCUUUGUGAAGACUAAAGAGAGCGAGGACUCUCGAAAACCAGAGCAUCUUCUUAAGAAUGGCCCUCUAUUCAUGGGCUCAGCAUUUCCUAGUUCUGAGAAGGAGGUUAAAACCCAAAAUAUGGACACCUUUACAGAAAAGGAGAAUCAAAAUGCCGGCUAUCGAUCUAAUGUGUCCAACAACAAUUUUACUGAUGGUUCAAAGGAAACUGAAUUGUCGGAUGCUAGUGAUUCUCAGAGUUUGGCUGGUGGGAAGCAGAAAUCUUCUAACCCAGGCCGCCCUAAAUCUGCUGGCCCCCGUAAAUUUCAGUAUCAUCCUAUGGGCAACUUGGGCGAGGAUGUUGAGCCUUCUUAUCAAACGAGGCAUGCUAGUCAUUCAAAGAUGAUGCAUUUGCACAACUCUGAAGGGUUUAGAAGUCAAGAUAAGGGGUUCUUUGGCAACUCUAAGCUUAUUGCUCAGUUACCUAGAGGUUUUAUUGAAAAGGGGAAGGGGCAAUUGCCUGAUCACCAAGAAGAUACAAAUAGAUUAGAUGAGGUGUCAUUCAGAGGCAGUCUUCCUAAUUAUGGGCCUGAAAUGUCUUCUGCCAUUAGCAACUCUGUUGGUAUGAGUGCAUUGGACAAGGCAUCGCAUUCAAGUGAAAAUAUGCUGGAGCUUCUUCACAAGGUGGAUCAGUUGAAGGAGCAUAGCGCAAUGCACAGUACCUCUACUGGAUAUAUUCCUAGAUCCCAAACUCCCGAAGCUGAAAGCUCAGAUGGAAUUGGUGGUUGCCUCCAGCAAAAUCAGUCCUCUUCUGCUCAAGGCUUUGGCUUACAGCUGGCUCCUCCAGCACAGAUUAGACCAGGUUUGAAGCAUUUUACUUCAAACCCCUCUCGGACAGAUAAUUAUUCUUCGAAUCAGGCUACUGGAGUUGGCGGAGACCAGGGUAGGAUGAUGUUGAAUUCCACUGCUUUGGGUCAAUCUCUGCCUUCUCAUGAAGUAGGUAGAGGAGAAUAUAAGAAUACUAAAACCGUUCCUGGACAAACAGCUAUUGAAUCAUGGCACACGAUGCAAGAAAGUUUCUCUUCUGAUUCUAGUUUCCCCUGUACAAGCAGCCAACUUCAAGAUCAACUCAUGGCUAAAGCAAGUGGACAUGCAUUUUCAAAAGAGUGCAUUUCUCAAACAAUCACUACAACUGGAAUCUCACAAAAGGGUGCAUUUUCAAACAGGUUAUCUAAUAUCUGGCCCAAUGUUCCACCACCACAACAACUUUCAGGCGCUCAGGAUCGUCCUACCCAGCCAAACCCUGUUCAGCAUCAUCAAUCUGAUAUCGUUGAAUCAACUUUGCCUGUUCUGCACAAUUUGGAGGAACAAGGCCCGGCACUGGUUAAUGAUUCUCCAUCUGAGUUAGGUGUGGACUCCUCGCAUCCUCAAGGUUUGGUUUGUGAAAAAGAGGUGUCAAGGAAGAAUGUCUGUGUGCAGGUAUCAUCCGGUAACACAGACUCGACACAUAAAGUAAAAAAAUCAUUCAGGGAAGAGUGUGGUAUCCAGCAACUCCAUCAUGCACCUUCUAUGAAUCCACCUUCAACUCGGAGAGAUAUUGAGGCCUUUGGUCGCACUUUGAAACCAAAUAACCUUGUCCAACAAGAUUUCUCUUUAACAAAUCAAAUUCGAGCAAUGAAGGAUGUAGAGACUGAUCCAAGUUAUAGGGGAUCAAAGAGACAGAAAGGAACCAGAAAUAUUCUUCUGGGGGAACAAGUUGCUUUGAGGUCAGGGCAGCCAUAUGAAGCUGAUGCUACUGUGGAAGAUGGCCCUCUUUCAUCUACUUGUAUUCCAUGUGAAGAUCCUAAAGUGCAUCACUUCUCAAAGCAAGAGGAUUAUGGGGCAAGAAAUGAAUCUGAAAAUUUGCGGCAUGGUACUAGUGCUGCUUUUAAUAGAAUUGAACAUCCAAACAUCAGUCCACAGAUGGAUCCAUCUUGGUCUAAUCAGUAUGGAAGCAUUAAAGAUGGGCAGAUGUUGCCAAUUCAUGAUGCACAUAAAGCUGUUACUUUAAAGGUCAUGGAACAAUCAAAUAAGCUGUCGUAUGCGGAGUCACUUGAUCACAUGAAUGUUUCUGGUGAUGCAAGAGAAAUCAAUGAUAAGCACCCAAUCGAAAAUUCUGCGUUCUUAGCAACUGAGAAUCUGCCGUCCCUCCAUUUAUUGCCUCCAAACAAUGCAUGGGAACAUACAGCGGUUUCAAGGCCAAAAAAGCGUAAAUUUGCUGCGCCUGAGAUUCAAUCUUGGGAAAAGGAAGUGUCUUAUAGUUGCCAAGAUCUUCCUUCUCUAAGAGUGGCUGAAGCAAACUGGGCCAAAGCAGCAAAUCGAUUGAGUGAGAAGGUUGAAGAGGAUGUUGACACAAAUAACGAUGGGUUGCUAUUGCCUAGAGCAAGAAAGCGCCUGAGUUUAACCAGGCAACUUAUGCAACUAUUGUUUCCUGCUCCUCCGGCGAAGAUUCUCUCUGCAGAGGCCAGUUCAAACUACGAGACUGUGGUUUAUUCUGUUGCUAGACGAGCAUUAGGUGAUACGUGCAGUUUAAUGUCUUGCCUAGAAAGUAACGACUCUCCCUCCGUUCAAGCAAACUUGUGCAGUCGUAAAACAUCAGAUAAUCGUGAGAAGCACACAUCACAAGUCAUGCAAAACUUCACUGGUAGAGUGAGGAAGCUGGAGACAGAACUAUUAAGAUUGGACAAGAAGGCAUCAGUGUCAGACUUAAAAAUGGAAGUUCAAGAUGUGGAGAAAAUUUCUAUUAUCAAUCGGUUUGCCAUGUAUCAUAGCCGCUUGCAAGCAGAUGGGGCUGAUACCUCGUCUUUGCAGAAUUCACAGAAACCCUUUCCCCAAAGAUAUGUCACUGCUGUUCCGUUGCCUAGGAAUCUCCCUGACAGUGCACAAUGUCUUUCAUUAUGACUUAAUAUCGUUCGUUAAGUUGUAUUAGUAUCUUUGUGUUUCAUAAUUUGCUAAUUCUAUAUUGGCAAUUGCUACACACAAAAGAACCACACAAAUAUUUAAUUGCAUGGGGAUUGAAAAUUAGACUAUUAGAAUUUCCUGUUUAAAGAUAUAGGUGGUACAUGAUCUUGUGCAAUAUACACAAGUGACAUCAUUCUUGAGAUAUUUAAUUGUCAUUUCUGUA